AUAAGCAAUAAAACACAUUCAAACAUUAACAGCUGCUUUCUUCUUCUUUUUCAUUGAGCUUGCGUUCACAAAAAUGGCUGAACAUGUACUUGGAUUCGACAACAUGACCACAAUACCUUCUUCUUUCCAAACAGUGGAAAGGAGCCCAUUUUCCAAAUCGCACUGCAAUAUCGGAUUAAACUCUAGGUUGAUCAGCAAAAUCUCUUCUAAUCAGGGAAUGAAAAUGAGCAGCUCUAAAAGAGGAUCUCUAUGUAAAGUGAAUGCUUUUCCAGAUUGCUGGCCAAUAAUGGCAGUAUUAGUUGAACAUAUGGAAGGACAGAGAGACAUGAUAACCCACAAGUCUGUUUUUCACCUUAAUGAUGCAACCAUCAAGAAUGUUUAUACAGCAUACAUCAUGUUCACUUGUUGGGGAUGUUGUUUCUUUGGAGCCAUGAAAGAUCCAUAUUAUGAUUCGGAACAUUAUAGGGGAGAUGGCGGAGAUGGUACCGGACAUUGGGUCUACGAAAAGCAAGAAGACAUUGAGGAAUCGUCAAGAGCAGCAUUGUGGCGUGAGGAGUUGAUUGAAGAAAUCGAGCAGAAGGUUGGUGGGUUAAGAGAGUUGGAAGAAGCUGGCAAGAAUUAAGAAAACCUAUGAAGAAGACUAUACAUACUUUAUUGUCAAUUGAACUGCAAUUGAUCUACUUACAAAAUCUUUUCUGAUACUCAAUAUGAUCACUUCUAUAUGUUUCACUAGGUAACAGAUAACCUAUGUCGUAAUGAAAUUUAAAUACAAUCCUAUAAUAAUACAAUGUUGCAUACAACAA